AUGCAUGCACCCAUUGGAUUGAAACAGGCUAGGGAUACUGUAGCCACCCCAAUUCAUCCGUCUGGGACCUAUAUGGCGAUCCAUCGGUUGCGGCGAUUGAGCAGAUUGGGUGCUCUCAAUCGCUUCUCGAGUCGAAGUGCUCGGCGGCGGUGUACCGCUAACGAUCGUCAAGUCUACCAUGGCUACACGAACGUGAAUAGAGUAAGAACGAAAUUUGCGCUGCACCCGUCGUCAAUCACCCCUGCCGACGCAGUUCCAACUACCUUCUUCCGAAGUGUGAUCUCAUUCUACGUACUGAAUGGCGCGGCUAAGGUUGAUUCGAUCUCCGGGGUUGACCGACAAAUUCAUGACCGCUGCCCCUGGCUCGAUCUAGUGACAAUUUCCGACUUGACAGAUGUACCUGAGCUACAAUCACUUCCCAGCUCCAGUUAUAUACUUAAACGAAAUAACGACAAUAGAAAAGAGGCAAUUGUGCUUCUGGAUUUUAGCUUCUAUGCGCUGAUUGCCGUGUGUGGUUGCCUGGUUCUUAAGUAUUAUAAGUUGUUGCGCUACGCGUCUUCAUUCCCCGAAAACGAGGCUGCUUCUGCGCGGUUGUUGCCGACUCCAAACUGA